UUAUCAACUGGCAACAUCGGGGGCACGCUGGAGGUGGCGUGACCGGUCGGGUGGUUUGAAAAAAGUAACGAACGGUCGGCUGACAGGACAUUCGGUACUUGACUAUUGGAGGGAAAUCAUUAAAUUGUGAAUUUGUGAACAAGUGUAUUUACAAGGGUAGUGGAAUAAAGUAUAAAGUGUGUUACUGAACGAGUUGUUUUAGUGAACUUCCACGAAAAUACAACAUAUCAGAAAUUGGGAUAACCAAAGCGACGCUCAAUUGCGUGAACCAUGAGUGACAUUGACGAUGGAGAACCCAGUCGCAAAAAGCGAUUGAAGACGCCUAACGCUUCUUCCCGUCGAACGUCAACAAGGCAAUCUCCACGUCGAGAACGCAGCUACAGCCAUGUACGAGUACAGAGAGGCCGCAGUCGUUCCCGUCGUCGAAGCGCCACAGUACGUACCCGAAAUAGUACUUCUAACGGUCGCGAACGAGAACUGCUCGCCUUACGCGCGCAGUUGGACACCUUACAGCGCGAGUUUCACAAGGACCGCGAGAGUAGGGCACGCUCACGUCUUCCUCUGGGGAGACGGCGCUCAUAUAGCAGAUCACGAAGUCGUGUUAACAGCAUGCGUGAAGAUAACGUGACCCCUCAUAACCGUCGUGAAGGCGGACAACAGCAACGUAGGUCAAGGAGCCGCAACUUCUCUACAGACGAUGUAGCACAAAUAGUAAAUUCUAUUAAAAAUAACUUAUCGUCUCAUCCGCAUACGCUAAACAAAGGUAUAGACCAUAAAAACAUUCUCCCGAAUUUUGACCCAUCCUCAAAAAACCAACGUAUUGUAGUAUGGUUAAAGAAGGUCAAUGAGUGUGCGGCUGUAUACGGAUGGGAUGAUAAGACCACGAUACAUUUUGCUAUGCAAAAGCUCCAAGGUUUGGCCAAAGUGUGGUUCGAAAGUUUAGAUACGAUAUUGUACUCAUGGCCUGAAUGGCAAGAGAAGUUGGUAAAGGCUUUCCCGUGUGAUGAAAACUAUGGCCAAAUCUUGGAGGAAAUGCUGAGGCGGAAGAGCAAAUUUAACGAACCAAUAGAGGUUUAUUAUUAUGAAAAAUUGGCUCUUCUACACCAGUGUGGACUUAGCGGCAAGAAGGCCGUGGAUUGCAUAAUUCACGGCAUAACCGACAGAACCACUAAGUCGAGCGCUGUGGCUGUGCGAUGUUCUGAUCCGGACCAACUUUUACAAUUCUUAAUUAGUAACAAAGAAUUGAGUAACCAGGAUCGAGUAAAUGUAAAAAGCAAAAACUGGUCUGACAGCGCUAAUACCAAUAACCAUGGUCCGAAGAACAGGGCACAGACACAGGGCCCAUUCUGUUUUAAUUGUAAGGAGAAGGGUCAUCAUUUCGCACAGUGCUCGAAACCCCUCCUUAAAUGCCAUCAUUGUAACAAAAUCGGUCAUAAGCCCGAGGACUGCUUUAGUAAGAAGUCUGACAACAAGUCUACUAAAGCCCCAGAGGUCAGGUCAUUGUGUGCGUCAGGAAAAGGUAACGCUAAAUAUUAUAAAAAUGCACAUGUAAACGGGGAAUUAGUGGAGGUAUUUAUUGAUUUCGGCAGUGAGCUUACCCUUGCUAGGCAAUCUUUUGUCUCUUCUUUGGGAAUUGCGUACGAGCGAGUAGAGUCAAUAAUGAAAGGGUUUGGAAAUGGAUUAGUGUCAUCCUGGGGCGAAAUAGAACUCGAUAUUGAUAUAGAUGGUGUUAAAGCUAGAGUCCCUUGCAAAGUAGUGGAAGACAACCUUCUUGACAGACCUGUUUUAGUUGGACAAACGUAUACCGAGUUGCCUCAAAUCAUUGUUGUCAAAGAUUGUAAGAACUUGCGGUUCAUAGACAUUGGAGAAGAAAUGCCUCAGCCAGAUCCAGCCCAUUCUUCGGUAGUCAAAGUUUUAAUUGCUGAUGAUAUUGAACUAUACGGUCCGGCGUCCAUCAAAGCUGUCACGGAAGACAAGUUUAGUGGAACCUAA